CUCUAAAUCAGCGAGUAGCAAUUUAUUCAAUCAUUAUUUAAAAAUCGUGUACCCUGAAAUCACUGUCGAGUUUUUUUCUGAUCAAAUUCGUUUAUUUAAAAAUUAAAAAAAAAAAUGGAAAUCGAUAUACUCAAGCCGGGUUCCGAAACAAAAAUAUUGACAUUGAAAGAUGUAAAAGCGACGGCAACAGUUAAAGAGAUAAAAUCAUUAAUCUAUCGCGAAAAACGCGCAUUGUAUCCGGAACGUCAAUCACUUCGAUUGGAUUCCAGAGGAAAAUCUUUGGAAGAUAAUGCUACACUAGACUCUUUGAAUUUGAAUCGUGGUCGUGUUCUUUAUCUGAAAGAUUUGGGUCCACAAAUCGGUUGGCGUACAGUAUUCUUGGCCGAAUAUGCUGGUCCACUGAUCUGCUACAUGAUUCCAUUCUUUCGACCAUAUAUAAUUUAUGGUCAAAAUGCAAGCCUACCAAUGAGUUAUGUUGUUAAAAUCGCUGCCUUUUGUUGGACAUUACACUAUGUUAAACGUUUAUAUGAGACAGUAUUUGUACAUCGAUUUUCACAUUCAACCAUGCCGAUUAUGAAUCUAUUCAAAAAUUGUACUUACUACUGGGGCUUUGCAUUUUUCAUUGGCUAUUACGUUAAUCAUCCAUUGUACACUGAACCAUCAUUUGGUGCCAUUCAAGUGUACAUCGGUUUCAUUUCGUUUCUUCUAAACGAGUAUGGUAACUUUUCCAUACAUUGUGCUCUUCGUGAUUUGCGACCACCUGGCACAACCGAAAGAAAAAUUCCGAUGCCGACAAAGAAUCCUUUUACAUUUCUUUUCAACUAUGUAUCCUGUCCAAACUAUGCUUAUGAAUGGUAUGCAUGGGCAUCAUUUUCCAUUAUGACUCAAUGUCUUCCGGCUGCAAUAUUCACCGUCGCUGGUUUCUAUCAGAUGGCUAUCUGGGCAUUGGGCAAACAUCGUAAUUACAAAAAAGAAUUUCCAAACUAUCCACGACGUCGUAAAGCUAUUGUUCCAUUUUUGCUCUAAUUUGUUCAUAAGAUUUUGAGAAAAUACAAAACUGAACCAGUGCAUACAAGCGAUAAUAA